UUCACCAAAAUCCACUCACUUUUCAGAUCAGAGUCCCAUAAAAAUGAGGAAAAUCAUUAGGAAAAGGGACUAGGCCUUUUUUCAACAUUUUCAAUUUGUUCUGAAUUGCUUGGUAACACAAGAAACCCGGAAAGGCAGCACGCAAGCACCAUGUUCCGGCAAGCAUCACGUCUCUUGGGUCGAUCCAGUCGGCCGCCGAGGGUCCGUGCCAUGUGCACGGAGGUCCCAGCGAAUAGCAACAAGGACUCAGCCUUCGUGGAAGCAUGGAAGAAAGUGAGUUCAACCACGGAGCCACCCCACACUCCAUCAACGUACAUGGGACCUCGCCCUCCCACCCCUUCUUCCCUCCCUUCCAAACUCACCGUCAACUUCGUCCUCCCUUAUUCCUCCCAGCUCUCCGGCAAAGAGGUUGACAUGGUCAUGGUACCAGCAACAACUGGGCAAAUGGGUGUUUUGCCCGGCCAUGUUCCAACGAUCGCAGAGCUCAAGCCCGGGGUCCUAUCGGUGCAUGAAGGCAGCGACGUGACAAAGUAUUUUGUGAGCAGCGGGUUUGCUUUCAUUCAUGAAAAUUCUGUUGCUGAUAUAGUGGCUGUGGAGGCAGUGCCGAUUGACCAGAUUGACGCAAGCUUAGUACAAAAGGGGCUUGCGGAGUUCACCCAGAAGCUUUCUUCGGCUACCACUGAUUUGGAGAAAGCUGAGGCUCAGAUUGGAGUUGAUGUUCAUAGUGCUCUCAACUCUGCCAUCACUGGCUAAUCAAUCAUUUCCCAUGCAUUUUCUUCUUUCCACCAUGCAUUUUCUUUCUUUUUUUUUUUCUCCAUUCCUUAAGCAGUAAUCUGCUCAGCACAAUUUUGUCCGUUAAUUCCCUUUUUGGGGGUACAAUUUUCUCCCUUUUCAGAUAAAUAAAGAUUUAAGGACCAUAGA